AUGAAAACUCUUUUCAAAUCACAAGAAGUUUUGGAGCUGGUGGAAGAAGGCUUUGUGGAUCUAGCAGGCUCUGACGAAGAGGCAGAGAAAUUGAAAGAGAUCAUAAAGAAAGACGCCAAAGCUUUGUUCCUGAUUCAACAAGCAGUUCCUGAUACAAUUUUUUCAAGAAUUGCAGCAACAACUACAUCUUCUAAGGCAUGGAAGAUUGUGAAGAAGGAAUUUCAAUGUUCAGCUAAGUCUUAUGGUGAAGAUAUAUCUGAAGAAACUGUUGUAGCAAAAGUUUUAAGGAGUCUUACUCCAAAAUUUGAACAUAUUUUUGCUGCGAUUGAGGAAUCUCAUGACUUAUCUGAUUAUACUUUUGAUGAACUAAUGAGUUCUUUACAAGAUCAUGAAAAGAGGCUUCUAUGGUCACAUGAAAAAAAUAAAGAAAAGGCAUUACAGGUGAAGGGGGAGUCCACUCAUCGAAAAGAUAAGCUAGAAAACAUUGCAAAUCGUUGCCGCGGCAGAGGUGGCUUUCGAGGAAGAGGUCAUGGAAGAGGCCAAGGAAGAAGUCGAGAUAGAGGAGGACCAAAUGAAGAGAAGCAAUGGACGUUUUCGUGCCACUACUGCAGAAAUCAGGUCAUAAAGAAGUUUAUUGUUGGCAUAAACAGAAGGAUGAGAAUAACCAAGCAAGCUUUGCAGAGAAAAAUGAUGAUGAAUGAUCUUGAUGAGUCACAAAAAUACGACGUGAGGCUUGGAGAUAACAAGAAGAUUAAGGUUGAAGGCGAAGGCACUGUUAGCAUUAUGACCAGCCAAGGUAAUGCUAAAAUUUUAGAAGAUGUGAUGUGUGUUCCUAGCCUUUCAAAUAAUUUGCUUAGCAUUGGACAACUAAUGAUUAGCGGGUACUCAAUUUCUUUUGAUGAUGGUGUCUACACUUUUAAAAAUAAGAAAUUUGGGAAAACCAUUGCUAAAGUUCCAAUGACUAACAACAAAAUGUUUUCUUUAGAAGUUUCAACGGUUGAAAAGUGUGUUAUGGUAGCUAGUGGAGAUGAUGAAACUAAACUUUGGAAUUUGCGUUAUGGUCAUUUAAAUGUUAUGAGGCAAAGUGGAUGUAGACUCAAAACUCAUCGGACAGAUAGAGGUGCUGAGUUUAUGGCAAAAGAAUUCAGUUCCUUUUGUGAGGAAAAUGGAAUACACAAAGAUCUCACAACACCAUAUACACCGGAGAAAAUAAGUGUAGCUGAACGAAAGAACCGCACAGUUGUCGAGAUGGGCAGAAGCAUGAUGGAAGUCAUAUCGAGAUUUAUGCACAAUCCCAGCAAGCUUCACCUUGGAGCUGCAAAGAGAGUGCUGAGAUGUAUUGCUGGGAUAGAUCAUGGAAUUUGGUAUUCUAAGGUAACAGAUUUCACACUAACUGGCUUUACUGAUAGUGACUACAUGGGCAACAUUGAUGACAGAAAGAGCACAUCUGGUUUCUUGUUUAAUCUUGGAUCUGGAGCAAUCUCAUGGAGUUCAAAGAAGCAGGAAGUAGUGGCCUUAUAA